GUGGAUUGUGGGUGUUGAGCAAAGAAGGAAAAUGGCGGACUUGGCAAAUGAAGAGAAACCUGCCAUAGUGCCACCAAUGUUUGUGUUCCAAAAGGAUAAAGCACCGAAGCGGGCAGCUGAUGGAUCCAGUGGAGAAGAUGGAGAAGAUUCAGACAGAGAAGAUGGCUAUUGUCCUCCGGUGAAAAGAGAGAGGACUUCAUCUUCAACACAGUUCCCGUCUUCACAUUCUGUGGCUAGUAAGAACAAUGUCUUCAUGCCAUCAAGUUUCUGGCAGUCUCCCACUGGGAAUUCCGAGGACUCGGAGCCAGAAGAGAAGCCAGUUGGGUUUCGUUUAAAACCACCAACUCUUAUACACGGGAAGGCACCUAGUUCAGGUUAUGUUCCAGGCGUCCCCAGUCAGAAACCCAAGGAGCAACUGCGCAGUGUCCUCCGGCCAGCCAUGCUCCAGGCCCCGCCAGCCAAGACCAACUCCGAGUCCACCAACGGGGUGAAGAAGUCAACGGACGGGAUGUCAGAAGGGUCGACUAUCUUCCAUAACAACACUGAGCAGUCGGACGGCCUCGCCAGGUCACCGAAAUGUGACAAAGAGGAGGAUGGGAUGAGGGACGACUGUCCUGCAGAGUCCUCUUUCGUGUUUGGACAAAAUAUCAAAGACAGAGCAAAGUUGGAAGAGAGCUCUAAACACGGCAAGUUGUUACCCCUGGCCUCUCAGAAGGAGGGAACCAACUAUUUCUUAGAGUACAUUGCCACCCCCAGUUCAAAGAACGCCGCAAACAAUACGGACAAGGGGGCCAAAUUUGUCUUUGGGCAGAACAUGUCAGAGAGGGUUCUGAGUCCUCCUAGAGGAGGUGAGGCAUCAGAAGAGGACUAUAAAGACUUACCGGCUCUCCCUGUGUCUGAACCGUCCUCAAAGGAAAACACACCAGAGAAGGGUAACAACGUGACAGAGUCACUGGAGGAGUCUGCUGCAGCGUACACCAAAGCCACAGCCAAGAAGUGUAUCUUAGAGAAAGUAGACGUCAAAACUGGAGAGGAAUCAGAAAGUAACGUUUUACAGGUCCAGUGCAAGUUGUUUGUGUUUGACAUGACGGCCCAGUCAUGGAUAGAGCGAGGUCGAGGGCUGCUCAGGCUUAAUGACAUGGCAUCUACAGAUGACGGAUCAUUACAGUCACGCCUAGUGAUGCGGACCCAGGGCAGUUUAAGGUUGAUCCUGAACACCAAGCUGUGGCCCCAGAUGCAGGUGGACAAGCACAGCCGGAAGAGGACUGACUACCCCUCGGAGCCAGGGCUUUCUAAAAUAAAUGUUAUUUUAUUUUUUAUUUUUUUAUUUGUUGGUUUCCAGGCCAGUUCUAAGGACACAGGUCAGCUCGCUGCAGCGCUGCACCAUCGUAUCCUGGCCUUGAAGAGCCGUGCGGACCAGGAGCCCCAUGAGGCCUCGGCUACAGACUGCGUCCCUGAGGCUGACCUGCCCCACUCUGAGGGGGACAGCGAUGAGGAAGACCAGGUCAACAACACAGCAGCAGGUAACUCCGAGGGAGGGGAGACCCAGGCUGCUGGGAACACAUAGCGUUAGUCUUCCUAAAGGACUGCCUGUCAGGAUACUGCUGCUGUUUAAGGGGCAUUUUACUGCAGGCAUCCCCACGGACACCCCACCCUGACCAACAUGGGGUCCUUCAGACCAGUACUUUUGGAUAUUUAGAAUUCUAGCUCCAGGAUUAAAAAUAAAAAAAACCUGUGCUGGAGUCUCUCUCACCCAAACUCGUGCAGUUCAUUUUUUCCCUUUGCAUUCAAAAAAAGUAAACAUCUGGAGUUAUUUUUAUUUUUUGUAUUAUUAUUUUUUUCUCUGCUGCAAUAAGAAACCACAGCUUUUUGGGGGAGGUUUGUGACUUGGCUUCUCAUCAUAUUGAUGAGUGUGAGGGUGUUUUCCCCUCUGACAUUUUAAGGUAUGACACAUGUUUUAUGAAUGCAGUUUCUACUAUGGGACCUUUCUACUCACCCACACGUCUUGGACCCACCCAACCAGCCCCGGCUCCAAAGGAACUCAUGGCUGUCACCGUGUACUGAUCUGUCUUAUGGUCAGUCAUCUGACUGGUCCUUCAUCGGCUCACCAUCCCCAUCCAUCCAGCUCUCACAUGUCGAAUAGUUUCCGGCUAUGUCAUUCAUUUGUGGUCAUCAAUUUUCGUGAGCUAUCUAACACAUAAUAUGCACUGUGUUUCUAGUGUUCACGGCUCGUCCGCAUCACUCAGUCUUCAAAUGAUAGCAGUUUCUUAUAUUUCAUAUUUAGUAAAUAAAUGACUAAAACCAAUACAACUCUUGUGGGUUAAUGCUCCAAGGAUAACCAAUGGAGCAGGCAACAAGGGGCAUGUCCCAAUAAUAAUAUCUUGUUUCUCCUGAAAGUGUGUACUCAUUCAGUCUGAGCAGGUUCGACCGGAGCCCAGUGAGAUACGAUACUUCUCACACAUCUAAAAGCAUUGGAUUGGUGACAUACAUCAUUUUAACCACAGUUCCAUUCAAAACAGUGAGGGAAAGUGAACAAGUGCACACUUUUUGGAGCAAAUAGAGUUGGGACAAAACCAAGGAUUCACCUGGAAAAUGUCUCUAAAAUGGAUGACUUUGCAUCAUCUAGUCAUUGACCCUGUUAUGCAUCUCAAGAAAGUAACUCGACAAAAUCGUAUCUACAUUUUGUAUGUGAUUGUUUUCAUUUCUGACAUUUGAGAGUUUAUUGUGUUGAUACAGUAUUAUUUGUUGUUUGAUAAUAUAAACAUGUUAUCCAUUUUCAAUUCAUUUGGAGAGGAAAAAAAACAGCUGGAAUGAAGAUUUAUUUUGUCUGUGAAAAAAAAAACGGGAGUUCGUUCAAACAACGGUACUACCCUUGAAUGUCAUGUACAUUUGAAUAUAGGCCGUGGCUGCGGGAGUAGACUUUUCCGGGAUCUAAAGAUCCCGAAGCGUCUGUGUAUGUGCGGAUGACUUUCUACUAUGCUACUAUGUUCUGUUAUUUAAAAUAGAAUUAAAUGAUCUUGCAGACAUUGAUUCAUCUCUUAAUCUAAUUUUAUUAAACGAGCACCAUUCGUCUGAAUAGGUCUGUUUUCUACGACGAGCAGAGAAUAUACACAUGUGCAGAACGUGAUCCGCACAGAAGCAGAUCCUAAGAGAGGAGGAUCCGCAGCCACGCCGUUGAAUAUAUUAAUUAUCCUUUAGUUAGCGAUCCGCAGCCACGCCGUUGAAUAAAUUAAUUAUCUUUUAGUUAGCGAUCCGCAGCCACGCCGUUGAAUAAAUUAAUUAUCCUUUAGUUAGCGAUCCGCAGCCACGCCGUUGAAUAAAUUAAUUAUCUUUUAGUUAGCGAUCCGCAGCCACGCCGUUGAAUAAAUUAAUUAUCCUUUAGUUAGCGAUCCGCAGCCACGCCGUUGAAUAUAUUAAUUAUCCUUUAGUUAGCGAUCCGCAGCCACGCCGUUGAAUAAAUUAUCCUUUAGUUAGCGAUCCGCAGCCACGCCGUUGAAUAUAUUAAUUAUCCUUUAGUUAGCGAUCCGCAGCCACGCCGUUGAAUAAAUUAAUUAUCCUUUAGUUAGCGAUCCGCAGCCACGCCGUUGAAUAUAUUAUUCUUUAGUAGUCGUUCUCAACUCCUCACCCUCCCUCUACAAAAUAAAACCUUUUGGACUGACUGAUGAAGAUUUCAUAAUGAAAAAUACAUAAAACACAAUAAUUUCUCCCAUAUCGCAAAGAGCUGAAAUAGGGACUGCAGAUUAAUGUACCUACAAAAGCAAUGACACUCAUUCAUUCAUAAUGGACAGUGGGAAGGAAGCUUGAGAAGUUUCCAAUUAAUUUGACAAGUUUCUGUUAAAUGUUUACUUCAAACUGAAACCUUUUUAGUGACAAUGGGUUCACAGUAUGUUAUGUGAUAAGGCAGUGUUGCCAGGUCGAGCUAAAAUUUCUGGCACAAUGACCACUCAAAACCUACCCACAAGACCUGAAUACUAUCCCACAUUUUUGUUCCAGCAGCAAGAGAGGAGUUUGUACAUUUAUCCAGUAGUUGUCUCCACAAUGACAAUCUAAAUAUUAAUGGUCAAAUUGUUUCUCUGCAUUUAUCACUUUAUUACUGAUUCAUCACACCAAAAAUUGAUUUAAUCUGAAUUUUAAACUGGGUGGUUAGAACCCUGAAUGCUGAUUGGCUAACAGCCGUGGUGUAUCAGACAGUAUACCACGUGUAUGACAAAACAUUUUUUUACUGCUCUAAUUAUGUUGAUAACCAGUUUAUAAUAGCAAUAAGGCACCUCGGGGGUUUGUGGUAUAUUUGAUAGCCGUGGUAUAUUUGUUAAUAUACCACGGCUAAGGGCUGUAUCCAGGCACUGCGUGAGGUAUAUUAGCCAUAUACCCCCCCCCCCCCUUAAUGCUUAACUAUAGAAGUGAUUGAUAGUGAAUGGUUAAGCCAUAUAUUUUUUUCAAGAAAAUAUUGUGAAAUAGUGUUGAGUCACAUUGCUCUAAAAUAAUUGUAUUCCUUUAAACUGUAGGCUGUCAUUGUAAUUAAGAAUUUGUUCUAAUCUGACUUGCCUAGUUAAAUAAAUUAUCAUAAAAAAAAGGAGUGUAAAAAUCUAAAAGCCCCAACAGUUUUUUGUUUUUGGCUUCUUUUAUUUCAUAAUAAAUGUCAAUGUGUAGAGAUAAGUACUCACCAAAACAGUCGUGCUGGUUUGCUAGUAGCUCUCCAUCUAAAGCAGGCCUGUGCAAUUAUUUUCCAUGGAGGACCACAUUAUCAUAUUUUUUUCCUAUCGCGGUCCAGAAUCAUAUUACAGGAUUAUACAUCAUGUGUAUGACUGUGUUGACAGAUAUAUCUACAGUAAAUCUCGUGCAGAUAUGCUACUUAUUUUACUUGUUUAACAUGCACAGAAAUAAACCGCAUCCAUGUUCU